CUAUGUUUCAUGUCAUUUUCAUUUGUUUGAUCUUUUCUUUUUUUUUGCAUCUGUUACUUAUUUAAUAGUAAAGUUUAAAACUUUGAUCUAAAUAUUCAAUGCCCAUGUAAUGCAAUUAGGUUUUUGGGCUGAGAUUGUGUAGAAAUUAUGUGGGUUCAAUGACUUGUUAUAAUAUUUUAUGAUUUGCUCACUUGGGUCUUACUACUCUUUGCUCAUUUGUUGAGGUUGUUGCAGACACUUGCAGUAUUUGAAUUGUUUUGGAUGAGAACCCAUUAUAUGCAGGAAAUUCGUCGCAUUCGUUUCGUCUUUUUGAUCCAAAGGAGUGAAUGUAGAUGGUUAACUUCCAUGUUUGUGAACAUUAUAGUAUCAGAUAUAAUGUUGCUUAGUCCAAGGAGUUUAACCAAGGAGUUGUGGAAUAGUGCAAGCAUGAUUAGGAUUUGAUUGUGUGAGCUCUUGCAAAUUUUUGUUUCUAUGUCCAUUUUUGUGAUAUGCAUUUGAAUCCUACCUGAUAUGUAAGUGUGAUUUUGUUCUUGCAACUAGCUGAUCCUUUAAUGUAGGUGGAAUUGCGGACUAAUUUUAUAGCAUGUAAGUGAGUUUACGGAAAAACGUGUUUUGUCAUUUUAUUCUCCUUGCUGGUAUUGUUAUUGCAAUAAUAAAGGUGGCUACUGCUGUCCUUGAUUGAUAAAGGUUCGAGUUUUUGACACGGUUGAAGAACUUAUGAGAAAUUCUUGUACUUUUCAUAAAAGCAAGUUUCAUGCCUGAUUUUCCUGAAGUAAAAUAGAUUAAUGUUAGGAUCUGUAUGAAUUUGUGAUUAGUGCUUUGUUCUUAAUCUGUCAGUGCGAGUAUUAGUUAGAGUAAUGUCACUUUAUACGUUGACUCUUCAUUCUGAAGUACUAAUGUCAAACACUUGACAGAUUGAAAGGGGAUGAAAUCCUUACCUUAAGGAUUCAAUUUUCAUUUUUCACAAUGAGACCUCAAUCAUUUUGAACCACAUUUUUGGUAGAGGACUCUUUGGAUCCAUUCAUAUACGCAACACCAACCUAUGUUCAUUGUUCAAUCUAUUUAUAAUGCUUGCAGAGGCCAGUUGAUAUACUGCGUUGUUCAAACUGUAGAACAACUUGCAAAUAUGAUUCAAAAGAGUAAGCAUAUGGUUGUAUUUACAGGUGCUGGUAUAUCUACUUCUUGCGGUAUCCCUGAUUUUCGAGGUCCCAAGGGCAUCUGGACACUUCAGCGUGAAGGCAAGGCCUUACCUAAAGCAGCUUUGCCUUUCAAUCGAGCAAUGCCUAGUAUAACCCACAUGGCUUUGGUUGAGCUAGAAAAGGCUAGUAUCCUCAAGUUCGUUAUUAGUCAGAAUGUUGAUGGUCUCCAUCUUCGGUCCGGUAUACCACGGGAUAAACUUGCAGAGUUGCAUGGGGACUCCUUUAUGGAAAUUUGCCCAUCCUGUGGAGUUGAAUAUGUACGAGAUUUUGAGGUUGAAACAAUUGGAUUGAAGGAAACUCCCCGGCGUUGUUCUGAUGCAGGUUGUGGUGCAAGAUUAAGAGAUACUGUUCUUGACUGGGAGGACGCAUUACCCCAAAAGGAGAUGGAUGCAGCUGAAAAGCACUGCAGGAUGGCUGAUCUCGUGUUGUGUUUAGGGACAAGUUUGCAGAUUACUCCUGCUUGCAACCUACCUCUUAAAUGUCUUCGUGGAGGGGGAAAGAUUGUUAUAGUGAAUCUUCAGAAAACUCCGAAGGACAAGAAAGCAAGUCUCGUAAUCCGUGGGCUUGUAGACAAGGUGAUUGGUGGUGUCAUGGAAAGUCUUAUUCUACGAAUUCCUCCAUUCGUUAGGAUAGACCUUUUCCAGAUCUGUCUCACUCAAGCUGUGAGCUCAGAUAAAAGAUACAUGAACUGGAAUCUCAAGAUUGAAAGUGUGCACGGAUACAAAGCUCCUUUGCCUUUUGUUAAAAGUGUUGAGGUUUCUUUUGCAGACAGGCAAGAUCUGAAAGGUGCUGUGCUGGACAAGCAGCCAUUUGUGCUGAAGAGGAGGUCUGUGAGGAUCGUGGAACCAUUUGAAGUGGUACUGAAAAUCAACUUCAUUGAUGCCUGCAGAUGUCGCUAUGCACAUAUUCAAAUCCCCGUCAAUUUUAAAAUUUCAAGAAAAUGUCCCCAAUAUGACAAGGAAGCAAUACUUCAGAAACUAAGAGAAGCAGCAGUGCAGGAUUCUCAGUGUGGACAGUAUGAGAUAAUAGAGAGAAGGGCGAAUUUAUCCCCAAAAUACGACAGUACAGUGUAUGCCAUUGUGACCAACAUUACUACGUACAGUAAAACUUCUGUCAAAGCAUUAACCGAAGCAGUUGCGUGCAACGGAGAUGUGAAAAUUAAGAGCGAAAGCAUGAAGAGUUACAGCUCAGAUACCGAUAACAAGCCACUGAGAUUUCUUAAAAGGAAAAGUAGGCACACUCACAGCAAAGAAACUUCUAGCAAGCAAUUGAAACUUCAUCAACCUAAUAGUAGAUUGUAAAUUUCAGUGUUCUUGGAUAUUUUGUACAUAAGACACUUCUUUUUACCUAUGGCGCGUAAAAAAAAGUAGAUUGAUUUAGCGGCUGUGGUGGUGGUGAUGGUGAUGGUGAUGAUAAGUUAUUAUGGUGGAUAUUACACAUUAGUGGUACAUACAGGAGACUGAGUGAAUUUUGUUAGUGUAACUCCCAGUCUCACCAAAAUUUAGAGAGCAAAGGUGAUCUGAUUCUGCUACCUUGGAUGUGGAUGUAUAUUCUAACUGUUGUACAGGUAUUUUUUGAACAAUUUGAGGUUAUCUUUUUUAGUGUGA